AUGACCAUCACAGGACGAGGCGUCGUGGCGCGUCGCGCUGGAGAACCGGCACACGUGGAAGAAAUUCUCAUUGAUCCGCCGGGACCGGGCGAGGUGCUGGUUCGCGUGCAGGCCAGCGGUGUGUGCCACACCGAUCUGCAUUACAAGCUGGGCAGCGUCGGCAAUGAUUUUCCGUACCUGCUCGGCCACGAGGGCGCCGGCAUCGUCGAGGCCGUGGGUGAGGGCGUCACCGCCCCGGCAGUGGGCGAUUACGUCAUCCUGGCAUGGCGUGCGCCAUGCGGCAAUUGCCGUUUCUGCGCCAUCGGCCAGCCGCAUCUCUGCGCCGCCAGCCUCAACGCCGAGCCGCGCAUGCGGACGGCAGACGGCGUCACCCUCAGCCCGGCGCUGGGUAUCGGGACAUUCUGCACGCACACCGUCGUGGCCGCUCGGCAAGCUGUGCCCGUGUCCACCGAAUGUCCGCCGGUGCAGGCUUGCUUGAUUGGUUGCGGCGUCAUGACCGGCAUUGGUGCCGUGCUCUAUACGGCAUCCGUGAGGCGCGGCAGCACCGUUGCCGUUUUCGGCUGCGGCGGCGUCGGCGCCAGCGUGAUUCAGGGCGCCAGGAUUGCUCACGCCGCCAAGAUCAUCGCCGUUGACAUUGCCGAGAACAAGCUUAACUGGGCUCGCGAGUUUGGCGCCACGGACUUGGUGAACGCCCGCGACGGCGACCCGGUGGCAGCAAUCAAGGAACUGACAGGCGGUAACGGCGUCGAUUUCUCCUUCGAGGCGAUUGGCCGACCCGAAACCUUGCUGCAGGCCCUGUGGGCGCGCGAUCUCGCCGGCACGUGUGUGCUCAUUGGCGUGCCGGACCCGACGAUGCGUCUGGACCUGCCGAUUCAGCAAUUCUUCGGCUUGGGCGGCGCACUGCGGGUGAGCUGGUACGGCGACUGCCUGCCGUCGCGCGAUUUCCCCAUGCUGGCGGAUUGGUACCGGCGCGGUGACCUCGACCUCGACCGGGCUGUCACGCGGGUCAUCACGCUCGACGAGACGGAACCCGCCUUUGAGGCCAUGGAGCGGGGCGAGACACUGCGCUCGGUCGUCCAUCUCCCCGACGAUUAA